UGAAGUUCGCAAGAUAGCUCACUAGUUGCUAGCGAAAAGGGUCAGUCAACAACAGCACGUUUGAGUAGAGGAGACUGGCCUUCUGUACUGCAACGUUUAAAAACAGAUUCAUAACAAGGUACUCCAAAACAAAAUGAAUGUUGGUGUAGCGCACAGUGAGGUGAAUCCCAACACUCGGGUCAUGAACAGUCGAGGGAUCUGGCUGACCUAUGCCCUCGGUGUUGGAAUGCUUCAUAUUGUGCUCUUGAGCAUACCCUUCUUCAGUGUACCUGUGGUGUGGACUCUCACUAAUGUUAUACACAAUUUUGGGAUGUAUGUCUUCAUGCAUGCAGUGAAAGGCACUCCUUUUGAGACCCCAGACCAAGGCAAAGCCCGGCUCCUGACACAUUGGGAACAGUUGGACUACGGCGUGCAGUUCACAUCAUCCAGAAAAUUCUUCACCAUCUCCCCUAUCAUUUUAUAUUUUCUUGCAAGCUUCUACACAAAGUACGACACAACACACUUUGUCAUAAACACUGCCUCCCUUUUGAGCGUGCUGAUCCCCAAAUUGCCACAACUACACGGAGUCCGAAUCUUUGGUAUCAACAAGUAUUAAUCCGAGUGUUAAGAGGGUCAGUGGUGUGUGACCAACUCUCAAAGGAGCUAUUGCCUCAUAGCAAGAUGAAUAGUUAACCCUAUGUAUUCUGUACCACUGGAGUGUGUACUAAGCAGUUUUGUACAGUUUGUGCAAUUGUCACUCAUUGUUUAGAUAUGUCAGGUUAAACUGUAGUGGGAGAAUGAGAGAAGAGAAUGCCAUGUGCAUUACUAACUUAAGUAAAUAUUUAAUGUUGUAUUUUUUUGACCUGCAUAGACCUGGGCUGGCCCAGGUUUCAAAGAUGGGGCCUUUUUUUGUUCUGUUCCGUUUAUUGUUGUUUGCCCUCACUUCACACAGCGUUCCUUGUCACAAUGUAUUUUUCUGUUCUUAACCGGAAGCCUUGAAAAUACCAGAUGUAUUUUUAAAGAUAAUUUCUUCAUAAUAGUAAGGGCCUAUGGUUCAUUGUUCAUUGACACACUCUUAAUUUUUCGAUGGGUGUCAAUGUUCGCAUUACUGAAAAAAAAUGGGGCCUUAGAACCGUUGCGUAAAAUUUACACUAAAUAUCUGCGUGCGCCAUUUCUGAAGACUGUACACGCACAAAAAUAUUGAGAUUUAUAAACUUGGCACAUGCCAAUCAUACGCAUGUUUCCCCUUAUAAAUCAGACCUGUCGUAAAACUGUGCGCAUGAACAAGCAUUAUAACUCCACCUGAAACGCCUAUCAUUCACCUUUUAUGGUGACAAUGACGCCCUUAUUUACUUUGGAAGUAUUGGAAUUACGCAAAGACCAUAUCUAGAAAUGGUGAACUUUAUCAAAUGUUUUUGGAGGUGUUGGCAGAAUGUUUUAUUUUGCAGUUACAGUUGCUAUAGGCUAUCUGACCAUUGCUAAUUGUCGUGGACCUGUAAACAGAUUUCUCUAGUAGAUAUUUCAUUUACAGUGCAUUCGGAAAGUACUCAGACCCCUUGAC